AUGCUGUUUGUACUUUUGUUCCUUUACAUUAUUGUAGAUGAAAUUUCAUCAGCUUUCGCUUCGUCAUCAUCCUCAUCUAUUUUAUCAUUGUCAUCGUUUAGAUCUGUAUUGUCAAAUAAUAAUAAUUUAAUAUUAGCUACUGGAUCAGCAUGUCCAUCAAAUCCUGGAAUUGUAUGUAGUCAUGAUUAUUUAUUAGUGGAUGAUCGUAUAUCUAAUGUUUAUGACGGUAUAAUUAACAAUAUACCAAUAAUUCGUUUUUGUUUAAUCAAUAAUUCCACAUUGAAAACAAUCGCCACAAAGACAAAAACAAAAUUACCAGAAGUAGAAAUGAUCAAUUCGUCAUCAUCAUCAUCAUUAUCUUCUCCUUCUUUGAUCCCCUCUGGAUCCUUUUCAUUGAAUUCAAUAGAUUAUAAUAAAUUAUAUGCACCAGAUGAAUCAUAUUUAGUUGAGCAAAUUUAUGAUCCAAUCAGUAAUGUAUACGGUUGA